CCCCAUGGGGUGAAGUGCCAGGGUCCAGUGAGCUCUAUUUAUAUGUUUACCUCGGCAUUUUGCAGCCAAGGACACCUGCCAGGAAGGCUCUCAGGCCAGCGCCUUCCACUUUCCUGGGGACUGACUCUGGGGGAGGUCGGUGCUGCCCCAGUCGACUCGUUAGGAAGGGCCGUGCAGGGUGUCCUUUUUUGCCACACUGGGGUUUGAACCCAGAGCCUUGAACUUGCCAGGCAAGUGCUCUACCAAGUCACACGCCACCCACCUCCCAGUCCUUCUUUCAUUCUUUAGCUUUGAGACAAAAAGGCUUGCUAAGUAGCUGUGGGUGGGCUUGAACUUACUCUGCACCUCAGGAUGGCCUGAGCUUUGUAAUUUACAGUCAGCUGCUCCAGGCCUCGUAGCCGUGUGUGUGUGUGUGUGUGUGUGUGUGUGUGUGUGUGUGUGUGUGUGUAUCUAGAGAUGGUUCACAGGGCCUCAAACAUGCUAGACAAACACUACACUCCAGACCCUGAAGUGGCUGACCUUUCUUCAGAGAAAUGGAUGGUAGAACUUAGCUUUUUAGGGGCGAUCCCCAGAGGACGGGCGACUAAGUGCUUGGGAACUUUUCCCUUAUUGGUGGUCUAUGCACUGAAGUGGACUCGCCAGGGGCCAGGCCGCAGGCGGGAAGAGGGGAGUCGAGUGUGAGGGAAUAAUUUAGAUAUCGUGGUCUUUCUUCUUUUUUUUAAGAGCCCCAUAUAGAUUUAAGGUCCUUUUGUUAAUUUAGGAACAUAAAACCGUGAUGUGCAGCUUGGUUUGCUCGUAAAAUUACAAAGUGUGGCAUAUUUAGAUCCCCGAAGGCAUGGGGUAAAAGGGAAGGAAUGGGUGAGAAUUUUUUUUAAUAUGUCUUUGGGGAGAUUCAUUUUUCUGGCCUUCCCCCCUCAACAGUGCCAGGCCCUCUACAGCUCCACAGGGCCCCAUCGAUGCCUUCCGAGUUGGGUGGGACUCAGCUGGAAAUGGGGGUGUUUGGCAAGCAGCCAGGCCCAGAUCCUGCCCCCAGUCCCCAGGCCUGCUGCCCCUGGAUUCCCUUGUCUCGUUGGAUCAUGCUCGCUCUGCCUUCCUCCCGUCCCCCGCCCGCAGCGAGGCCGGAAGUGCCCUCUGACCAGUCCUGGCCCACUGCCCAGCCAGCCUUUGGCUACCGGCUUAAUGGUCUGUACGGUCAGGAAGUCACCGGACCCUUGGUCGUGGAGGAGGACAGGCUGCCGAGCCCUCCUCGUCUAUGGGGACCAGUGUUGCCUGGCUCUCCUCCCUGACAGGCAGUGUGGGCUGGGUCCAUGGGCUCCUGGCCCGGGUCAGCCUCUGCUGGGCCACUCUGAGUGGCCCACUGUUGCUUCUCACCAGGAGCAUGUGUGCCUGGCCUAGUUCCACGCUCUGUGAGGUGGAACAUGGAUUGAAUAUCAGGGUGACAAGCGUCUGGGGCUUUCCUGUUCUGUAGACAAGGGGAAGGUUCAGUUUGAGUCAGGGAGCAGAGGCUGUGUCUAGGAGGAGACCCCCAGUCCCUUCCCCUUGGUGGUAUUUUUAUAGCAAGGCUCCCGAGCCUGUGAACCGUCCAAAAAACAAAACAAAACAAAAAACUCAGCAGGGCUCUUGUAGAAGUCAAGGGUUCCAAUGGGGGCAGGGUUGGGGGGGGGGGUGGAGUUUUUUUGUAGCAGCCUGAUGAUAUGCGGCCUGUGUCUCAUUCUGUGGCUUGGGAGCAGCUGGGGAACCGGACCUUGUCCUUAUGGCCCAGGCUGGGCUCUACAGAAGGAGGCAGGGCAGGUACUGGGCCAGACUUUUGAGGCUAUGACAUCUGUGGGAGUGGUAAGGGACUUUGAGGCCAGUAGGGCGUUGGGACUACUCUUGGGAAUGUCAUCACACCUCUGAUGUCAGUGAGCUGGGUUCUGUGAGCUGAGGGGGACCCAGAGUUGUGGGGUUUGUUUUUCUUUGUGUUUGUGGACGUGUGCAUGCUACUGCACACACGUGGAGGUCAGAGGACCACUUGUGGGUGUCGGCUCUCACCUUCCACCAUGUGGGAUUGAACCCAGGCUGUCAGGCUUGGCAGCAGGCACCUUAGCCACUGAGCCAGUUUGCCAGCCUCACCUAAAAUUUUUUGUUUUUGUUGUUGUUUAGUGUGUUUGUUUGUUUGUUUGUUUUUUGGUUUUUCGAGACAGGGUUUCUCUUUAUAGCCCUGGCUGUCCUGGAACUCACUUAGUAGACCAGGCUUGGCCUCGAACUCAGAAAUCUGCCUGCCUCUGCCUCCCGAAUGCUGGGAUUAAAGGCGUGUGCCACCACGCCCGGCUUGUUGUUUAGUUUUUGUUUACCUAUAUUUAUUUGCUUUUGGUUUCUCGAGACAGGGUUUCUCUGUGCCCCUGAUUGUCCUAGAACUCGCUCUGUAGACCAGGCUGGCCUUGAACUCAAGAGAUCUGCCUGCCUCUGCCUCUGCCUCUGCCUCCUGAGGGCUAAGAUUAAAGGCGUGGGCCAUCAUUUCCUAGUUGACCCGAAAUUUUGGAGCUGUCAACUAGCCCAGGUGCAUGGAAGUACAGAGGAGAAAUCCCAGAGGAUUGCCUUGUCCAGAGGCACCUGUAGUUUCGAGAGAUCUAUGGGGGUGUAGAGAGCCAGGAUUCGGCACUGGGUGGCUAGAGCCCCCCUCACUCCCCCAAAAAAGAGAAGAUGUUAGCGUAGUGGGAUCGGAAGGUCCUGAGGCACCAGGGAUGGUAUGGCUGUCGGGGAGUGGGGGGAAAUAGGUAUGCAGCCGGACAGCUGGAGAGUAGCGCAUGCGUACUGGGGCCGAUAAGUAUGGCGCAGGACAGGUGAAGAGCAGCGCAUGCGUACUGAGGCCAUCCCUACCGUAGAUCCUCUGGCUGCUGGGUGACCCAUGUAGAGGAGACCACCAUGGCUCUGGGUGGCUGCUCUGUGGAGCGGAGCCAUGCCAGUUGGAGACCGUCCGUGGGGCUAUGAGGUCCACUCAUGGCUGUCUUGCCUGGUGACCUUGUUUCUGCACCUUUGGGAACUGGAGGGUGGUAGAGUGGUAGUAGGGGGUUAGAGGGUGUCUGAGGGUCUGCAGCUUGUUCGAGGUCAGUCCGCUGCAGCGCUGCCUAAGCACAGAGCCUAGUGGGAGUCAGGGCUGAGUACCUGCUACCUUCUUGGAUGUGUUACUCUGGGCAGGUUACUUAACCUCUCUGUUUCCUUGUGUGUUUCCCAUGUGUACUCGGGGCCAGCCGUGCCACCAUGUAAGGUUGUUUGUCCUGAGCAUUGGUGAGUGCACAUGCAGGAACCAAGGAUGAAAUGCUCUGGAAUGGAAGGAAGUCUGCAUUCUCCUUGGAGUAUGUAUGAGUUCUCAACUGUGGCUUCAGGCCGGUGUCAGAGCAGAGGCCCGCCCCAGGUUGGUGCUGGAAGGAAGGCAUUACUUAUGGACUCCUGCAGGAUGCCAAGGAGCCCAGGCUCUCAAAAUGGUCACCAGUGACAAGUCCUAGAUACGAUAAUAGUUCACUCUGGAGACCCAUACUGGCCUGUGGCCCACACCAGCAGAUCUCAAGUCUUCUGGGAUAGAAAGUUUUUCUGGCUGGAUCGUCCCCAGGGAGAAGGUUAUAGGGUACUAGAUUCUUCUAAAAGCUUUUGCCUCUUGCCCCCCCUGAAGGCUCCAGCCUCACCCAGCAGCAAUGGAGCCCCAGGCAGACGGCACCUCAUCUCCGACCAGGCCUCCUUUGAACUGGCCCCCAACGCCGCCCACCCCCUUGUCACUCUGGCUUGUAAUUCAUUCAGGAUUAGCUCCCAGGCCUCUCGUGGGCCUAACUUCUGUUGUCUUGGAAACCGUGUCAACCGUUUGCUGGUUUCUGUGAUUAUCUGACAAGAGAAGGGGGGGUGCAGCAGGGACAUGAAAGAGCGUAAGGGGAGACAGCAUGGGUCUUAAUGGAGCUCUCUGCGGAGGCCUGGGAGGCACGGAGGGGAUGAGGUGCCCUCAGGCCUACAGCUGUGUGCCAGGGGCUCCCGGUGGGGGCUCUCACCACUUCCUGCCACUCUGGGGAGCUGAGAGAAUCACCCCCUCACCUCACCUCACCUUUAUUUCCUCUAUCUCAGAUCCUCUGAGGCCCAGAGACAAGGUGCUAUUCUCUUCUCCCACCUCUCUGCUGGGAAAGUUCCCUUGUGGGCUUCUCCAGACACAGCAACACUGGGAGGCUGGGGGAGGCGGGUACCACCACUUGAGAGGAAGCUGAGUGUGUAGACCAUAAGCCCACCCCAGGAUGCUGGGAACUGGACGCCAGAUGGGGUCAGGAUGGCACCAGUGUGCCAUUGUGGGCUGGCCUAGGGCCUUCUGUGCCUGACAUUGCAGCCACAACUAAAAGAUGAGAGGGGCACUUGUCUUGUGAAGGGCCCUCUUCUCCCCCUCCCCCGUCCCCCCAUUGGCUCUGGCUACAGGCGACGACAGUCUCAGUGGUCCCAGAUGAAGCACCCUCUUCCAUGGGGUUCUCAGUGUGGUCUGGGAUUCCUCACAGCCUCUGAUGUCAUGGCAGGGGCUGUGGUGGCUUAUGCAGAGAAGAGGCCCCAUGACCCCCUGCCUCCCAGGGCCUGGCCUCAGAUAUCAGGGCCUCUUCCACGCCACACUCAGUCCGUUAGCAGAGAGGGAGGAGCCCCACCAGGCUGGGCUCAGCUGGAAGGAAUCCAUCCCUUGAUAGGGUGGGAACCACGCUGAAGAGAAGAUAGGAUGGAGAUGUGGAAGCUGCCAGUUGGGAGGAUAGUCAGCCUGUCUCUUGCAAGCUCUUCGGAAAGCCAGGCAUGAGCCAUGAGCCCAAGUCCCCUUCCAUAGGGAUGCUUUCCACGGCGACCAGGACCACCGCCACCGUCAACCCCCUCACCCCCUCGCCACUCAAUGGCGCCCUGGUGCCCACCGGUAGCCCGGCCACCAGCAGUACGCUGUCGGCCCAGGCCGCUCCAUCCUCCAGCUUUGCUGCCGCACUGCGCAAGCUCGCCAAACAGGCAGAGGAGCCCAGAGGGUCCUCACUGAGCAGCGAGUCAUCUCCAGUGUCCUCUCCAGCCACCAACCAUAGCUCUCCAGCUAGCACGCCCAAACGAGUGCCCAUGGGCCCCAUCAUCGUCCCCCCCGGGGGUCACAGUGUCCCCAGCACUCCCCCAGUGGUCACUAUUGCCCCCACUAAAACCGUCAAUGGAGUCUGGAGAAGCGAGAGCCGCCAGGACUCUGGCUCACGAGGCAGCAGCAGUGGUCGGGAGCGCCUAUUGGUGGAGCCACCUCUCGCCCAGGAAAAGGCUGCGGGCCCCGCCAUCCCCUCCCACCUACUCAGCACCCCGUACCCCUUUGGCCUUUCCCCCGGCUCAGUUGUACAGGACUCCCGCUUCCAACCACUCAACCUCCAGCGGCCUGUGCACCAUGUGGUGCCCCCCAGCACGGUGACUGAGGACUACUUGAGAAGCUUCCGGCCCUACCACACUGCUGAAGACUUACGCAUGUCCUCCUUGCCUCCGCUUGGCCUGGACCCAGCCACCGCCGCAGCCUACUAUCACCCCAGCUACCUGGCCCCACACCCAUUCCCCCACCCGGCCUUCAGGAUGGAUGACUCCUAUUGCCUGUCAGCCUUAAGGUCUCCGUUCUACCCCAUCCCCACCCCUGGCUCCCUGCCUCCACUGCAUCCGUCGGCGAUGCACCUGCAUCUCUCCGGCGUACGGUAUCCUCCUGAGCUCUCCCACUCGUCCCUGGCGGCGCUACACUCGGAGCGGAUGUCCAGCCUCAGUGCAGAGAGGUUGCAAAUGGACGAGGAACUGCGGCGGGAGAGAGAGCGAGAGCGGGAACGGGAACGGGAGGCCGACCGGGAGCGGGAGAAGGAGCGGGAGCGGGAGCAGCGGGAGAAGGAGCGGGAGAAGGAGCUGGAGCGCGAGCGGGAGAAGGAACGGGAGCGCGAGCUGGAGCGGCAGCGGGAGCAGCGGGCGAGGGAGAAGGAGCUGCUGGCUGCCAAGGCCUUAGAGCCCACCACCUUCCUGCCUGUGGCCGAGCUGCACGGACUCCGAGGUCACAGCACGGAGGAGCGGCCCAAGCCCUCGGAGCAGCUGACCCCAACCCGAGCAGAGAAGCUGAAGGACGUGGGCUUGCAGGCGCCCAAGCCCGUGCAGCACCCUCUGCACCCAGUGCCUGCCCCACACCACACGGUGCCCAGCCUCAUCUCCAGCCACGGCAUCUUCUCUCUGCCUGGAAGCAGCGCCACCACCGCCCUGCUGAUCCAGCGCACCAACGAGGAGGAGAAGUGGCUGGCACGGCAGCGCCGCCUGCGGCAGGAGAAGGAAGACCGCCAGUCCCAGGUGUCCGAGUUCCGGCAGCAGGUCCUGGAGCAGCACCUAGACCUGGGCCGGCCCCUGGUGCCCACAGAGGCGGAGCACAGGCCCGAGAGCACCAGGCCAGGAACAAACCGGCAUGAGCAGGGCAGCCGUGAACCCCCACAGCACUUUGGUGGCCCUCCACCCCUCAUCUCACCCAAGCCCCAGCAGCACACCGUACCCACAGCCCUCUGGAACCCAGUGUCUCUGAUGGACAAUGCUCUGGAGACGCGGCGGGCCGAGAGCCACUCUCUGCAUAGCCACCCGACUGCUUUUGAGCCCAGCCGCCAGGCCGCCGUGCCACUGGUGAAGGUGGAGCGAGUUUAUUGCUCAGAGAAGGCAGAGGAGCCCCGGAAGCGUGAGGCCACACCACUGGACAAAUACCAGCCACCACCACCACCACCACCACCGCGGGAGGCAGGAAGUCUGGAGCCUCAGACCUUUCCCCACGGACCUGGGCCUUUCCUUACUGAACUUGAAAAGUCAACACAGACCAUCUUGGGCCAGCAGCGGCCCUCUCUUUCCCAGGCAACCUCCUUCGGGGAGCUCAGUGGGCCUCUGAAACCAGGCUCUCCGUACUGCCACCCCACAGCGAGGGGCCCCGAUCCAGCCUACAUCUACGAUGAGUUUCUUCAGCAGCGACGGAAGCUGGUCAGCAAACUGGACCUGGAGGAACGCAGGCGGCGCGAGGCCCAGGAGAAAGGGUACUACUACGACCUCGAUGACUCGUACGACGAGAGUGACGAGGAGGAGGUCAGGGCACACCUCCGCUGUGUGGCUGAGCAGCCGCCCCUCAAACUGGACACAUCCUCGGAGAAGCUAGAGUUCUUGCAACUUUUUGGCUUGACCACCCAACAGCAGAAGGAGGAACUGGUGGCGCAGAAGCGCCGGAAGCGGAGGCGGAUGCUCAGAGAGAGAAGCCCGUCGCCACCUGCCGUUCAGUGCAAGCGACAGACGCCUUCCCCCAGGCUGGCUCUGUCCACCCGCUACAGCCCCGACGAGAUGAACAACAGCCCCAACUUUGAGGAGAAGAGGAAGUUCCUGACCUUCUUCAACUUGACGCACAUCAGUGCGGAGAAGAGGAAAGACAAAGAGAGGCUUGUUGAAAUGCUCCGAGCCAUGAAGCAGAGAGCACUGUCCGCAGCAGACUCAGUGACAAACUCUUCGAGGGACAGUCCUCCCGUCUCCCUGAGUGAACCAGCCACACAGCCAGCUCCUCUAGAGACGGAUCAGCCUGUCGGGGUCCCUGCCUCCUUGUCAGAUGUCCCAAAGACCACGGAGACCGGGAGACUGGAACAGCUCCGGCCCCAGGAGCUCUUGAGAGUCCAGGAGCCGGCUCCUCCCAGUGGUGAGAAGGCCAGGCUGAGCGAGGCCCCUGGUGGCAAGAAGAGCCUGAGCAUGCUCCAUUACCUCCGGGGCGCCGCGCCCAAGGACAUUCCUGUGCCGUUGUCUCACAGCAUCAACGGGAAGAGCAAGCCCUGGGAGCCUUUCGUGGCCGAAGAGUUUGCACAUCAAUUCCACGAGUCCGUGCUGCAGUCCACACAGAAGGCUCUGCAGAAGCAUAAAGGGAACUCUGCUUUGCUAUCUGCAGAGCAGAGCCACAAAGUCGACACGGCAAUCCACUACAACAUUCCCGAGCUGCAGUCCUCCAGCAGGGUCCCCUUGCCCCAGCACAAUGGACAACAGGAGCCUCCAAUGGGGAGGAAGGGCCCUCCUAUGCAGGAGGCGGACCAGGACUCUGAGGAGGACUCUGAGGAGGACAGCGAGGAGGAAGCUGAGGAAGCCCCGAGGCGCCAGUGGCAAGGGAUUGAGGCAAUCUUUGAAGCUUACCAGGAACACAUAGAAGAGCAAAACCUGGAGCGGCAGGUGCUGCAGACGCAGUGCCGGCGGUUGGAGGCGCAGAACUACAGCCUCAGCCUGACUGCGGAGCAGCUGUCUCACAGCAUGGCGGAGCUUCGGAGUCAGAAACAGAAGAUGGUCUCUGAGCGGGAGCGGCUCCAGGCGGAGCUGGACCACUUGCGGAAGUGCCUUGCCUUGCCCACCAUGCACUGGCCUAGGGGCUACUUUAAGGGAUAUCCGAGGUGACGGUUUCCCUUGCACUAGGCUGAACCUAUAGUAUAGAAAUAUUAUCUAUUUUAUUACCUUGAAUAUUUAAUAUUUUUCACUGGGAGGUUUGAAGCUUACAAAUUGAGAACGUGCCAUGCAUGAAACAAAGGGUUCCAGGCUCCAGAGAGGAGAUCACCUCGACGCCAAUGUCACCGAGGCACCUGUCUCAGCUAGGACUCAGUUUCUCUUUCUGAGGUCGGCGUUAUUUCCUCUCUCCCCCCACGUCAUCCUCCUCCGACACUGACGUCCACCGUGCAUGUGGCUGAGGGAGAGAGCCAGCUGGUUGUUUCUGGUAUAGCUGUGCCACGAGAGCCCAGCUUGCUGUUGCUGCGGCCCUGGGGUUUAACCUCUUCCUGCCAGGAGCGGGACUAAUGCGCCGGGAAGGCUGGGUGCGUACAAGCAAAGGGCUCCCCAUCAGUCCCGUCCGUCUGUCGCCUUCCCGCAAGCGUCAUCAUCGAAGCCACUGCUCCUGGGAGCACACAAGCUUCUCCCUGGAACAGCUCUUAGGAAAAGAGGCAAACCCACACCCAAAAGUACCUUGUUUUCCUUGGGGAAGAUGCGUGGAGCUGUCCACAGAUAGCCUACCCACUGGAUUGCUACCGCCGUGUGUGGUGUUUUCAUACAAACGUACGUUUUGAGAGAAAAGUCAAAGGUGCUUCAGCCUUGUACUGUGUAUAUAUUAAAAAAAAAGUUUUGUAUGUUUUUAUUACUUUAAUUAUUGUUAUAAAAAGCCUGCCAUUUUUAAUAUGUGGUUUGGGGAAUUUUGUUUGUUUUUCCUGUUUGGGGGUUUUCUUUGGUUUUUUUGUUUGUUUGUUUCUGUUUUUCUGGAUUUAAAAAAAAAGAAAACCUUGCUUUUAGUGUUUGUACUGCUGCUGGUCAGAAUGUUGUUAACUGCUCAGUUCUAGGAAGCAGGAGAGCUCGCUUGUGCAGUGUCCCACACAGCAGGGCUGAGGGGCCUAGGGCUGCCUGCUCUCCAAAGCAGAUGACCCAUGUGCGGCAGGGACUCGGCAAAGCUGUGAGGAGCUGAGCUCCGGAGACAGGCACAGCUCUGGCAGAAAGCUCAACGCUAAGGGAUCUCCUUCCCAGUUUCAGCACUUCAGUCAGGGCUGACCAACUUGAAAAGAGCCUCCGACUGUCCUCCAUCGGACAGGGGAAGAGGAGGCCGAGCCCACCCUUAGCCACCAGGCUCAGUGGCUGUACAGAGCAGCUGGCUGACAUCUGUCCCUGCUCCACCCCUGCCCCUACCCGCACCCCUCUGGUUCUCAGCAAACUCAGACAAGGCAGUGCCACCAGGCCUGUCAGCAAAGCACCUUCCUCUGCCCACAGCCAGUCAGAGAAAACGAUCCAAAGGAGGGCAGAGGCCGCACACCCUGGGCCGAGUCCUGCCCGACUUCCCAGUUAAAUGCUGCUUGUGCCCAGUGCUGCUUUCCCAAGCUCACCCCACCUCCAUGACUAGAAGCUUCUGCAAAUCUGCUUGGUAAAUGUCUCCUGGGAAAGGCAGAACCCAUAACUUAAAGACACGCACAGUCCCUUCCAUUGUCCCACAGGAGUUCCUCUGGCUGAGUAUGCCAUCCAGAGCAAGCGAUGCCCUCCCAGGUCAGUCUGGGGCACAAGCUGAGCCGCUGACUAGCAAUGCCUACAGCCUUUCCCAAUGCCCUUGCCUGCCCUGGAGCUUCUAGGGCCACCUCUAGCAUCUGGAGACCGAAUAUCCCCAUGCUCAGAAGUAAAGUGACAAUCAGAACCAGGUACAAGCCAGUAAAGCGGCAGAUGACUGCCACUCAGCCCACAUACGGCAUUCUUCCCAUCCCACAGUCUUAGAGCCAGAUGAGGCUAACAAGACCACAGUAGCCCCCUUCCCAGGUACCACACUGUCCCUGGAGAUCCCUCCAGCCUAGCCCUGCUAUAGAUCUGCUCUAGACUGUGAAAUCAGCAUGUAUGUGAAAAAUCCCAGUCCUUGACCAUGUCUCCCACUCCACCUGCAAGUGAUUGCUGCCAUCUGUCCUGGGUGGGAUGCACCGAGCUAGUCACGGGUGUCGGAUCAGAUCUUUUAAAAACACUUGUCUCAUGUAAUUGAGACCCGCCACCAUCGCAGAUGAGUGACAAGAGAGAAGGCUGUCAACACUUCGGUACAUGGUGAUCUUAAAAACACCCACCUGCACCAUCACACCAGACUGUACCACUAGGGCAUCCAGAACAAGCCCCACCCUAACAGUGGGGGCAGGGAGGGUACAGCCAGGCUCACAGCACUGAGAGUCUCAACCAGCUAAGCUAAAUUGCAAGCUAGAUGCCUCCUGCCCCUGCCCUCAGCUGCCCAGGCCCCAGCAUGGAGAUGGCCUGCACAGCAGGCUCAGCACCUCUGAGGUGUGCAUUAGCCACUUAUAGCAGCAGUCUGUACUCUUUCAAGUACGCAAGCUUUGACUUCACUACUUGCUGUAGCCUGUCCCCACUGUCUAUCCAGUGCUUACUUCAACCCUAGAGGCUGCCUUGACCCGAGGAGGCAUCUCACUGGUUCCGUACUUGUGUGUGCCCUACGCCUCACUGCUGGGGCCCUGGACCCAGACCCAGGCAGGAGGGCCGACGGGUGCCUCGGUCGCUCUGGGGGCAGUUUAGAUGCUGUGAAAUUAAACCCGUUCUAAGUGUACUUGUUUGAAUUAACUGUAUUGUAAUAUUAUUUGUUGAAUGUAGUAAUUAGGUAUUUAUGAAUAUAUUGCUGUAAUUUCUGACAUCCCGAAAAAUAAAAUCUUCCUAAAUCA